AUGGCCGACGACGAGCUUGAGACCUACAGACUGUGGAGAAUCCGCAAAACUGUGCUCCAGAUGGUUCACGAUCGCGGUUACCUUGUCGCUCAAGAAGAAUUGGAUCAACCGUUGGAAACUUUCAAGGAAACAUUCGGAGAUCGUCCUUCUGAAAAGAAACCUGCUCGUUCCGAUUUGACCAUUCUUGUAGCUCACAACGACGAUCCGGCCGAUCAAAUGUUCGUUUUCUUUCCGGAAGACACCAAAAUCGGAAUCAAAACUAUCAAGGCAAUUUGUCAGCAAAUGCAGGAGCAAAAUAUCUCCAGAGCCAUCAUAGUCGUUCAAACCGGAAUGACUCCAAGUGCAAAGCAAUCGAUCGGAGACAUGGCACCAAAAUACAUGUUGGAACACUUUUUGGAGGCCGAAUUGAUGGUCAACAUCACUGAACACGAGUUGGUCCCAGAGCAUGUUGUUAUGACUGCUGAGGAGAAGGCCGAGCUUCUCGCCAGAUACAAGCUCAAGGAUUCUCAAUUGCCACGUAUCCAACAGUGUGACCCAGUCGCUCGCUAUUUCGGGCUCCGUCGUGGACAAGUCGUCAAAAUUAUCCGUCCAUCAGAGACGGCCGGAAGAUACAUCACCUACCGUCUCGUCGUCUAA